CUCAGGCCAGUUGUUAUUCAAAUGCACAUAUGACCGAUGUUGACUGAACAGUGAGAAUGGAGGAGAGGAGAGAACCCACGGGUGGUAAUUUUAACGGUGGAUUUAAGGAAUUCAUUUGUGAAGAAGACUUCUACGAUGAAGAGCAUCAUCAUCAGUCUAACAGGCACCAAGUGUCCAUGUUCACUAUGAGUCCUGGGAGAUGUCACAGACUGGCUGCAGUGAGCCUGGCCCUACUCGCUGCUGUUUUGCUGAUAGUUGAUAUUGGCCUGGGAGUCCAUUAUAACAAACUCACAGAUUCUCACCUCACGCUCGAUGAUACCGAACGCAUCAGCAAAGAGCUCAUCAACCUCCAGGACACUUACAAGACUGCAGUGGAAACCAUGAAGGAUGCCAGGAAGCAGCUGGACAGUGAGAUGAGCCGUCAGACACAAACCAACUGGGAGCUUGAACACCAGACAAAACGAAGCAAUGACUAUAAAAGUCAGAUGGAAAAAAUCACAAAGGAAAUUGAAACUUCAAGAUCACGCUUGUCAAUGCAUAGCGAUGGCUGCAAACGCUGUCCUGUGGGAUGGAUUUUAAUGAACUCUGUAUGUUACUACUUCUCCUUGAAAUCAAAUGAAAUGAAAACAUGGAAGGAAUCCAGAGAUUUCUGUCAGCUGCAGGGAGGAGAUCUUAUAAUCAUAGACAGCCAAGACAAAGAGAACUCGACAGUAAAUUUCCUAAUAAAUCAUCAAGAUGCCUCCCAGCUCUCAACAGACUUCUGGAUCGGACUGAGUGAUUCCAAGGAGGAAGGGACUUGGAAAUGGUUGGAUGGAACAUUUCUUGUUCAAGGGUACUGGAACGAUGGAGAGCCGAACAAUCUCAAUGAUGAAGACUGUGCAGCCGUGUAUCCCAGAGUAAACUUCUUCAAAGCUUGGAAUGAUGUUAGAUGUGGAGUCAGAAGGAAAUGGAUUUGUGAAAAAGCACCAGAAUCCAUGAGCUAAAAUGUCUAAUAAGGCAUACAGUCUUAGAUAUGUAAACUAUCACAUAUUCUUUAAAUCAUAACACGCAUAAGGUGGUUUCACUUUGUCUUCACUUUGUUUUCUGUACCUCUCACUGUCUCUAUCGCUCUCUCUCAGCGUGUCCACCCUUUAUGUCAUGAGCACAGUUGUUGUCUGGCUGUGGUUGCAGCUAUAACUGGUAAUAUGACGACUCUUUACUGCUCCUAAUACUCCUAUUAUCAUUAGCCACAGAAAUAAUCAUGACAGGAGUAUACAGGCUGGUAUUUUAAAGUAUUUCUUUAGAAAUUCUCCCCUCAGAUUACAUUCUGCUAGAAAGAUGAAACCAAGAUGAGCUUGCAACAGAAAGAUGGGAAAGAGGAAAAUAUGGAGAAGGAGAGAAAUAACUCGUGAUCCGAAGCACACCACAUCAUCUGUCUAACCUGGUGGAGGCAAUGUUAUAACAUGGACAUGUAUGACAGUGUAACUGUGUCCCAUCACUUACUGCGAAAGGAAACUUGGCUGCCUGUAAUAACAUGUAAUAACUAUAGAAGAUGCAUCCUUCUAUGUGUUUUGCAUUGCAUUGGGAUGCUGGCCUUCAACUCUCUGCAAAGUCAAUUAGUUACAAACCCUAGUAAACCAUGUUUCAUCAUCAUCAUCACCUUUAUUUAUAAAACAACCACAGCUGACACAAA